AUGACAAGUAACAAGAUAAGAUUCAUGAUAAUGAAUGUGAUCGAACUCCGACAGAGCCGAUGGAUCCCACGGAAAGGAACCGAUCAAGGUCCGAAGAAAUUGGCUGAAAUUCACAACGAAAUUAAGCGCGAACAGAUGGAGAAUCAAAUUCAGAGAGAUCAGUACGACCGCAAACUACGAACAGGUGGUAGCACGUCACAGCAUGGCCGUAACCCGCCGCCACCACGAAAUUCUCUUGAUAACCGAUUUGGCAGCGGUCCUAAAGGUGGCGACAGACGAUCCAUUGCUGCAUCGAAAGCAAAACAGACACCGUCCAGUGUACAGCCCAAGAGCGUUAGCUUGUUGCUGAAGGGAGACAACUCUCUCGGAGGUUCAAACAGAAAAACGUGGCACCAAGGAUCUGGAGGUGGUGGAAACAACGCAACCACUGAAGCAGCCAAGGCCGGUUGGCAAAAACCAGGACGUGACGAGAUUCCUCGAAAGAAUUCCUCCGUUGACGAGCGAGCGGCAUCGUUUGCUGCUACGAAGUCGGGCAGUAUAGGCAAACCCGAAACAACACCGGAACCUGAUUUGGAAGAGAUGAAAGCUAUGCGUGAGGAUUUGUAUAAGAAGAUUGGUAAGGAGAUAGCUGGUCUUCUUGAGACUUACGACGAAGGUGACAUGAAACUGGAAGAGUGUGUAAGCGAUAUAUUUAAAAUGGUCGAUGCUGAGGCAUACGGACGUCCAAGUGUGAAUGAAGUGUUUUCACGGUUCACGGAAUACGCUGUAGAAAAGGUUCGCAAACCUCUGCUCCCGAAACUUGGACAUAUGCUUUGUUUAGCACUCCAGAACCCAGACACGAAAGCGGAAGCUCUGGCUGGAAUGGCGAAGUAUUGCUCACUGGCGGUUGAAUGUGAGAUGUGGAUGGACAUACCAGAUAUUUGGAGCAAGCUGGCCGAGUUAUUGGUGAAUGCUGUCUACAGCGACCAAAAUUUAAUACCUGGACCGCGGCCGUCUUUCAAGGACUUCACCAAUGUGUUUAUAGAAGCAGCCAAAGAUGAGCGUAAACCGUAUGAGUUGUUAGUCCUGUCGCUCAAACGCAUGGCGGAGAUGAACGCGAAAGUAGAUUCUCAAGAUCACGCCACGAUGUCUUCGUUUGUUUAUUCCGCAGAAUUACCAUUCCUUCAAGAAAUUGACCGAGAGCGAUUGGAAAAUGCAUUGCGGGCGUGCCGACCCGAUGUGCCUGGAUUUGAUGACUUAUACGCGGUUUUACAUCAUCAUUAA